AUGGACUGUCCCAGUGGAACUUGUGCCUUACCCAGCUCCACGCGAGAGGAAAAGCGCAAAGACUACGAAACAGACCCAGCCAACGCGCAGGAGACAUGGGAAAACCUCCGCAACGCCAUCGGCGGGGUAGGAAGAGGAUAUUUCAGUAACCACUUUACAGUGGCGGAGAUAGAGAGCCAGCUGCAUGAUAUCUGGGACGAGCUCAUUCAUGCAGUGAAGAUCACGCCAGCCACCAGUGCCGAACUCGAUCGACUUGUCACGUUGGUAUCGGAAACCCGUGAGCUAGGGAUCUUCACUCAGAAUCAGGCAGAUAGAGAAGCUGCCCCAGAACGCGAGGGAGUGACAUUGCCCAACGGACAAAGGCUAUGGGUUGAUCUCCCUUACCUGGCGCAGGAGGUGAAGGAUUCGUGGACCAUGGAGUCUAUGGGGUUCACACCAACGGAGCGAGAGAGCGUUGCUGCGUGGACGGCAAAGUUGUGUGCGACAGGUACCUGUCCGAAGGAUCUCAGCCGCUGUGCAUUGUGGUUGUUCAAGCAGGCUCUCGAAACCGACAGGCUAGUCAUGGAGGAUGGACAGGACGACAAGGCUCGUCCUACCGUCCACGACCUCCUACCCGCGUGUCUGGCUUGGCUGACGCAUAGCAACAGCAAGCUGGUCAAGCUCUCACAGGAGAAUUACACAGCACAAACUCUCGGCAGUGGUGACCUUGCGGUGCAGGCGGGUGUUACCCAGCCCGGAUUUAGUAUUGAGCGCUGGCUCUUCUGGAGACAGCGAUUCAAAGACCUGUAUAGAUCUGGGGUGCCGCCAGUCGUCAAGCUGGCUCGGUCGUGUUUUGAAGCGGCUAUCUUCUCUGGCAUGGACAUUGGUCUGAAGAUCCCGGGAGAGCGGGUCUAUCUCAGCAGGUUAUUUGAGGCACUGGACAAGGAGUUCGAGACGAGGGGGUUCAAGGAGUGCGUCGGUGCGGAAGACAUCGACAUUAACAUGGACUGGGAUAAGGAGAAGCCUUCAUCAUAGAUUUAUUCGCCUGUAUCUCGUUGUUCCUCGCUGUUUACUCUUGAAUCAGACUGAUAAAUCACAAUGACAAUGACAACGGUUUCCCCAUAGCCGAGACUCAGCCCAUGGGUAUGGACUACUAGUUUUCCCGCGGGUAUAUUUGUCUAUCCAGGCACGUUUAAGCAAGCCCCUGAUGGGUUGAGUUCAUCUAUAUCAAACUUCAGUCGGAAGGAGUCUCUUAUGUUGUUUGCAGUCAGCUUGGCAGCCCCCUAGUACUUGACCAACUGCGCC